GUGCCCUCAGAGAAAAGAUUCCCCGGCGUCUCUCCAGCUCAAUUAUUAUCUGUCUCGCUUUCUUUUCCAAAGAGGACCACUCGAGUCUGGAGUCUGGCCGGCUGUAUCACUGACUUUCACUGUAAUGUGUAUGGACCCUCCCUCAGCCUCUCUCUCUUUCAUCCAUAACGACAUGGCACCUUUGCACCACGCUGCCUACUAGUACCUCUUAAACCACUUUGGUGGCCUAAUCCAGUGGCCUCAUCUUUGCUACUGCAUCGUCGUCUAGUUCUUGUUCCUGAGCAGUUGAGCUGCGCACGCCAACUUCUUGUGCACAAGCUCAUGCCAUGUGAGUAGAGUAGCUGACCAGAGCUCAGUCAGCCACUCGAAGCUGCACGCCAGCAGCGGCAGACCAACGCUAGAUCUCUCGAGAUUCGGCGAUGGAGCAGUCGUCCAGCUACUUCCCUCUGCGGUGGGAGAGCACCGGCGACCAGUGGUGGUACGCGUCGCCGAUCGACUGGGCGGCGGCCGACGGCCACUACGACAUCGUGCGCCAGCUGCUGCACCUCGACCCCAACCUGCUCAUCAAGCUCACCUCCCUCCGCCGGAUCCGCCGCCUCGAAGCGCUGUGGGACGACGACGCCCGCUUCGCCGACGCGGCCAGGCACCGCGCGUCCGUCGCGCGGUGCCUGCUGCUGGAGUGCGAGUGCAGGAACCACCGCCCCGCCGGCGGCGGCGAGAACACGCUGCUCCGGGCCGGGUACGGCGGGUGGGUGCUGUACACGGCGGCGUCGGCCGGGGACGUGGCGUUCGUGCAGGAGCUGCUGAGCAGGGACCCGCUGCUCGUCUUCGGCGAGGGCGAGUACGGCGUCACGGACAUGUUCUACGCGGCGGCGAGGGGAGGGAGCGCCGACGUGUUCAGGCUGCUGCUCGACCACGCCAUGUCGCCGAGGUGCUCGACGAAUUGCCGGGACGGGGAAAGCGGCGCCGGGCGCGGCUCCGUGUUCCGGCUGGAGAUGAUGAGCCGGGCCGUCCAUGCCGUGGCGAGAGGCGGGAGCGUGGAGAUGCUGAUGGAGCUGCUCGAGGAGGGGUGCUCGGCCAUGUCCGUGUACCUCGACGUCCGUGGAUCCACCGUUCUGCAUGCCGCUGCUGGGAGAGGCCAGCUGCAGGUUGUCAAGUACCUUCUGGCCUCUUUCGACAUAAUCAAUUCAACUGAUAAUCACGGGAACACAGCAUUACAUGUAGCAGCCUAUCGAGGGCACCAACCUGUUGUUGAAGCAUUGGUUGCUGCGUCUCCAUCAACCUUGUCAGCUGUCAACCAUGCUGGUGAUACGUUUCUCCAUUCAGCAGUUGCGGGAUUCAGGACCCCAGGGUUCAGACGGCUUGACCGCCAAAUGGAGCUGAUGAGAUACCUCAUAAGCGAUAGAACCACAGAUAACCAGAAGAUCAUCAACUUGAAAAACGACGCGGGCCUUACGGCCCUACACAUGGCUGUGGUUGGCUGUGCGCACCCAGACCUCGUCGAGCUCUUGAUGACCACCCCAUCGAUCGACCUCAAUGCCGAAGACGCUAAUGGCAUGACUGCACUGGCACUGCUGAAGCAGAAGCUGCGUUCAGCGACAUCCGACCGCCUCAUCAAGCAGAUAGUCUCUGCUGGAGGAGUCUUAAAUUCCAGCAUUCUGAGAACCAGGUCUGCCAUUGCGUCACAGAUUAAGAUGCAAGGGGGAAUUGCAAGCAGUCCCGGUACCACCUUCAAGGUAUCAGAUGCAGAGAUCUUCUUGUUCUCGGGUAUCGGGGCUGCAGAGUCUCAAAGGCCAAGCUCGUGCUCCAGCAAUGGCAAGGAUGACCCUGCCCACACAGAUGCAAACGGCGCCGAAAACCAUGGAUCAUCGGAGAAGAGGCUGAGCUCCGCGAGUCGUGCCAAGGACCGUCUCAAGAUGAUGCUGAGAUGGCCUCGGCACAAGGAGAAGAUGUCCAAGACGCUGAAGAAAUCAGAGGAGAGCAGCCCGCUGGACUCCAUCAAGAAGCUGGGCGAGCGCGGCGUCGAGACCCCCGCUCCCCUGAGGCAGAAAUUCACCAAGACGACGGCGCUCAACGGCAAGCGGACUCUGGCGGUGAAGAGCUCCACCCCGGGCUCCUCGGCCACCAAGAAGAAGCUCAACACGAAGCUCAUCCACGGCAUCAUGGAGGCGAUGCCGCAGCUGGCGCCGCCGCCCGCGCGGUCCCGGUCCCCGAGCGACACCCUCCCGAGGUCCUCCAUGUCGUCCACCCCGAUGCCGCUGGCGAAGCUUAAGGACAUCUGCCUGGACGACGACGAGAUCUCCAUGGUGACGCCGCCCGUCGGCAGGCUGAAGGACAUCGUCCUGGACAGCGACGACGCCACGGACGACCCGUCGUGCUCCAACUCGUCCAUGGACGACGGCUGUGGCGACACUGCGGAGAGCACGGCCCAGAAGCACGGGUGCGGCAACGGGAGGCUGAUCAACAUCUGCUUCGGUGCGCAGGGCCUCACCGUGGAGGACACGGUGAGCGGGCAGCCGACGAGCAAGAUGUUCAAGCAGCAAUGCCUCAGGGUGUCAUGAUUGGUUGCUUCUUCCUUGAGCUCCAUGAUUAACUGAUGCGUGUAUUAUGUGCGUACGUGUGAAUCGUGUGAUCGGAUUGACAUCUCUACAGUGUAGCAAGGCGUGUUUGGUUCUGUUUGUGCUGCUUUGCAUUACUACUGGUGAUAAUGUAAAGCUGUGAUGGAGUAAUGCAUUCACAACUGGUUUCUACUCCCUCCGGCCAAAAAGAAUGUAAAUCUUAUUUUUCGAGAAGUCAAAUAAUUCUAAUUU